AUGUUGAGUUUCAACAUGUUAUCGUGGCCCACGGACAGCACUGCCGGGGCAUAUGUCUCAAGUCCAUCUCCCGAUACUAUUACAAACGUUGAGCCAUUGAAACUAGACAACCUUGAAAUUCCCACGGAUGACAAAAAAACCAAAGAGGCCUCGUGUGAGGAGAUAGCAAUCCUAAAACAGACUCUCCAAGAUAAGACGAGAGAGGCAGAUUGCCUUCAAAAGGAUCUAUUCAUGGCGGGGGAGCUCGCCAGAAGUCUUCGAAGGGAUAUAUUAAUGGCGGAGGAACAGGCCAGACGAGCAAAAGAGAUGACCGAGGAAGCCAUCCAAGAGACAGAUGUGGCUAUGAAAGCAAAUCGUGAGCUCACAGCAAAGUUAGUAGAUCUGCAGGCAGGAUUUAAGGCUCUCACCGAUGAGGAAAUCUCACGAGAAUUCACGACUCUCCGCCAUGAUAUGGUUCAAUGGAGCUUCACUCAUUUCCAAAAUCCGACGACGCCAAAUGGAGAGGCUCCUCUUGGACAAUCUCAGGAAGUAGCUAUCCUCAAAUUGAAUGCGGUUCGUUUGGAACUGUCAAAAGGGGUAUACAGAGUGUUUCUAAAGCCCCAUAUUGUCGGGGAAGGAUUGGCUGGAAGUGAACACCUUCUUGAUAUUGACUUGGAGGCUCAAAGAAACUGUUCGAGUCAUGUUGCACAUCACUGGCGAGGAGCAAUGAGCGUUGCUGCAUCCUCACUCAACCGCGGAAAAAUGGAAAGAAUGGUUGUUGACCUGGUCAAUCACAUGGAGGAGACGUUCGGUCACCACUCUCACACACUUAGCAAGAGACGGAUGCACCAGCUGCACGGUUUGAUAUGGCGCUGCAUUCAGUUGAAGCAAAAGCUUGAGGUCCAAUAUGAUACUUAUGUGUUUUGGUCAACUUCUCGAAUGAUGCCCUUCGAUGAGCCCAGCAUGCUGGGCUCAUCUGAAACCAAGAAGGGCAAGUCAAAGGUCCUGUGCAGCUUCUGGCCAGGUCUAGUCAAAAUUUCACCUUCAGGCCACACGUCCAUUGUUGAAAAGGAACUGGUUGAAACAUCUUACGACGAAUGCGUGGGUUGGAAAAGUGAAAGCGCUGAAGACGCAAGUCAGCUAUGA